AUGGCCAAAUCAAAGAGCAAGGAGAGCAAGAAGGUUCAGGCCGCUGCGCCUGAGCCCGUCAAGGCUGCUGUCACCAAGACCAAGUCCAAGGUCGACAAGGCUGCUGUUGUGAAGGCCAAGAAGGAAGAGCCCAAGAAGAAGAAGAAGGUUGUCAAGGAGGAGUCUUCUGACGAAUCCUCCGAGGAGGACUCUGAUGCCUCCGUCUCCGACAGCGAGUCCGAGCAGGAGAAGCCUGUGAAGAAGGCUGCCGUCAACGGCAAGGCCAAGGUUCAGGCCGAGUCUUCCGACUCCGAGUCCGGCUCCGAUUCCGAGUCCGAGUCUGAGGAGGAGAAGCCUGCUGCCAAGGCCGCCGCUUCCGACUCCGACUCCGACUCCGAUAGCGAGUCGGAGGAGGAGAAGCCCAAGAAGACGAACGGUGCCAAGGCGAAGGGUGCUGCCAAGCCUGCUGCUGCUGAGUCGUCCGACUCUGACGACUCGUCCGACUCUGAUGAUGAGAGCAAGGAGAAGUCUGCUGCCAAGGACGACUCCGAUGACUCGGACAGCGAUGACUCCGAUGACAGCGAUUCUUCCAAGGAAGAGUCCAAGGAGGCUGCUCCUGCUUCCAAGAAGCGCAAGGCUGACGAUGAGAUCGAUGCCACCCCCAAGAAGGCCAAGACCGACAGCACCCAGGCUGCGACUACCCUGUUCGCCGGCAGCCUGAGCUGGGGCGUUGAUGACAACGGCCUGUACGAGGCCUUCAAGCAGUUCGAGGGUCUUGUCAACGCCCGCGUCGUCAGCGACAAGAACACCGGCCGCAGCCGCGGCUUCGGAUAUGUCGACUUCUCCGACUCCGAGUCCGCCACCAAGGCCUACGAGGCCAUGCAGGGCUUCGAGCUUGACGGCCGCGCCCUUAACCUGGACUAUGCCAACGCCAAGCCUGCCGACGCAAACCCUCGGGACCGCGCGAAUGAUCGUGCCCAGAAGCACGGCGACACCAUCAGCCCCGAGAGCGAUACUCUCUUUGUCGGCAACCUUCCCUUCGAUGUCGACCAGGACAUCGUCAGCGAGUUCUUCGGCGCGGUUCGCCCGACCACCAGCGUCCGCCUGCCCACCGACCCCGACUCCGGUAACCUGAAGGGCUUCGGUUACGUUUCUUUCAACUCGGUCGAGGACGCCAAGGCUGCGUUUGAUGAGCUGAACGGCGCUCCCAUUGGCAACGGCAGAAUGUCUCGCAGCAUCCGUCUUGACUUUGCCAGUGCCCGCCCCCCUCGUGAAGGCGGCUUCGGCGGCGGUCGCGGCGGCGGCCGCGGCGGCUUCGGUGGACGCGGCCGUGGCGGCGACCGUGGACGUGGCGGAUUCGGCGGCCGCGGCCGCGGAGGUGACCGUGGACGUGGUGGCGGCCGCGGCGGCUUCGGCUCCCGAGGUGGCUACUCGGGCACCAAGAUUUCGUUCGACUAA